CUGCUUCCAUGGUCUAAAUUCAAUUAAGCAAGGAAAACAGGUGAAAAGCUCAACAGAGAGAUUUCUUGGUUCCCCAUUUUCAUUCUGAACUGAAAAUCUACUUUCAGCUUGGAAUUUCAUGGUUUGAAUUUGAAAGAGAGGGGGCUAUGAGCUUUGUUAGAGUCCUGAUCUAGUUUUUGCAUGGCUUGUUCAUCAUCAGCAAUAUGGAGAGUGGCAACACUCGAUUCUUGUACAAAAGUUUCAAGCUACUUGAGCAAACCUGCCUCUAUGUUCCUCUUCUUCUCCCCUACCAAUUCCCACAAACCGCGGCGUUCAAUUGCUUGUUCAUUAGAUCCCAUCUCCACUUCAUCACUAAAAUCUAAGAAUGCUACACACAAGAACAGAACAGACAAGAAAUCUGUUGAAAUUCAAAGAACAAAUGAUGGGACUUUCUCUGUUUUACACAGUGAUGAGCACAAACCACAUGAGAUGAAGAUCAAGAACAGCAAGAAGGAUGAAGCUAAGAAUGGACUGACAUCUGGUUCCAAAAAGAGACGACCUUUUUGGCAAAAGGCUUUUUUGUCAUCCAAGAAGAUGAGUAUUUUGCUGCUCAAUGCAAUCACAAUUGUCUAUGCAAGUGACAUUCCAGUUAUUAAAGAAGUUGAAGCUAUAAUGGAUCCUGCAGCCUUCUCAGCGGUGCGGUUUAUCAUGUCAGCAAUUCCAUUUCUUCCAUUUGUGUUUCGAUCACGAGGUGAUGUUCAGACCCGAAAUGCAGGGAUUGAGUUGGGGUUCUGGAUCAGUCUAGGCUACCUUCUUGAGGCACUUGGUCUUCUUACAUCUGAUGCUGGCCGUGCAUCGUUUAUUUCCCUCUGCACAGUUAUUGUGGUACCUUUGCUUGAUGGCUUGUUUGGAACAAUCAUACCUGCUAGAACCUGGUUCGGAGUUCUCAUGUCUGCUCUUGGGGUUGGUAUGCUGGAAUGCAGCGGGUCACCUCCACAAGUUGGAGAUCUCUUCAACUUCCUGAGUGCAAUAUUUUUCGGAAUUCACAUGCUUAGAACUGAGCAUAUUUCAAGAAGCACAAAGAAGGAGAACUUCUUAGCAAUUCUUGGAUAUGAGGUCUGUGUUGUGGCCGUCUUAUCCACAAUCUGGGUUUUUAUUGGAGGGUGGUUUGAUGGUUCCGAAAGUUCCAACCAAUUAACAUGGACGUCGACAGAGAUGUGGGACUGGCUUGUUGCAUUUCCAUGGAUACCUGCACUUUAUACUGGUGCAUUUUCAACUGGAUUAUGCUUAUGGAUUGAGAUUGCAGCGAUGCGCAAUGUUUCAGCAACAGAAACAGCCAUAAUUUAUGGGAUGGAGCCACUGUGGGGAGCUGCAUUUGCAUGGUUUCUUCUUGGUGAAAGAUGGGGUGCACUUGGAUGGAUCGGUGCUGCUCUUGUCCUCGGUGGAAGCUUAGUGGUGCAGAUAUAUGGGUCCUCGACUUCUGAAGAAUUUAUAGAGAGCAAGGAGAAAGGUGAUCUCCUAAGGGUUCCAGUUGACCAUAAAUUACAAAAUGGUCUCUCUACUUCUCCAAUAGUUGUCAGGUCCAAAAAGGAUUCAACUGAUUUUCUAAAGUGAUCCUCGCAAUGCUUGCUCGAGUUAAUAUUCUUCAAUUGUAUAUAUAUACAUACAUAAAAGUUUUUAAGUAGAGGACAAUAAUGUACAGGCACAAUUUUAAGUGAU